AUGGAUAUCGAUGAAUUAUUAGAUGAGAUAGAUCUGGACUAUAAGCCCUCAAAUUCAAGAGAUAGAAGUAGAAGAUCAUUUGUAGAUCCACCGUAAAUAGAAUUAUUUAAUGAAGGAAAAUUGAAACAAAAAAAAUUUCAAAUGAUCCAUAUGAAUUUGAUAGUAUUUUAAAAUCUUCAGAUUCUCCAAUUGAUAAAUAAUAGUCCUAUGCUUUUGUAUAAAGACCUUAAACAGCUAUUAUAGAUGAAUCAAAAAAACAAAAAAUGGCAGAUUUAUUUUAAUUGCCAAAACCAAAUGUAGUAAAAAAUUAAUAGCCAAUCUAAACAAUAGAAGAUUAAUCUAAUAAUAAUAAUGAUCUUAUAUAGACUUAGAGUAGAAGAGGCAAGAUGAGAAUACUUUCGUAAAAUAAAGGAUAACCUUAAAAAAGUGGAAUGGAUUUAAGUUAAGACCCAAUUUUUAAUUAUAAUCAAUAAUCUGAAAUUGAAAAAUAAUCAAUUCAAUCAGAUUAUUCAAAUAAAUAAAAUAAAUAACCAGAUAUAGCAUUCAAUAUUAAUAAUAAUAAUAAUAAUAUUAAUAAUAUAAAUUUAUAAAAAUUAUAAGAUGAAAUAUAAUUAUUAAAAUAAGAUAGAGAUAAAUUAAAUCAAGAGAUUUAAUAAAUAAAAAAUGAAAAGAAUAAAUUAUAAGAUGAAUUAGAUAUUGAAAAGAGGGAGAGAACAAGAUUACUUUAGGAAAAAUUAGAUAUUGAAAAAGUAUUUAUAAAAGAAAAGGAAUAACUUAAAUAAGAAUUUGAAAGAGAGAAAUAAAGAAUUAUUGAUACAGCUAAAUUAGAAGUAAAAAUUAAUAUUCUAUAUAAUUUUAGAAUGAAUUAAUAAAAUAAUAAUUAGGAGAAUAAAAGUAACUAGACAAUUUGGCAGAAAAAAUAAAUGUUAGUGCAAAAGAAUUAGAAUUAUUAAAGAACUAAUUAUAUUAAAAGCAUGAAUAAUAAACUUAAGAUAAAAUUAAAUAAUUAGAAAUAAAAAAAAAUGAAAUUUAAGAAAAGGAAACGUAAUUAGAAAAAGAAAAAACUUAUUUAGAAAAUGAAAAAAGAAGAUUACAAAAUUUAUAAGAUGAUUUAAGUAGAAGAGAAUAAUUGUUUUAAGCAUCAAUUGAUGGUGAAAAGAAAUCCUUAUAGAGUGAAAAAUAAUUAUUAUAGGAUAUUAAAGAAUCAUUGAGAAAUUUGGAAUUGGAAACAAAAAAAAGAUUAGAAUAAGAGAAUUUAUUAUUAUAAAGAUAAAAGUAAUUAUAUUAAUAAUAUUAAUAUAGAAAUGAAUUUGAUAUUUAAAAACAUGAAUUAAAUUCUUAAGCUUAAAAUAAAUUAAGAUAAUUAGAAGUAGAUAGAUAGAUUUUUGAAUAAUAAAAAAUAGAAUAUACAGAAUUUACAUAAAAGAAUAAUGAAAUUAUAUAAUAAAGAUAUGCAGAUAUUGAAAAAUAAUAACAAAAGAUAGGUGCUAAAGAAAUGCAACUAAUAAAUUAAUAAAGAGAUUUAGAUAUGAAAAAUAAUUAAGUUAACAGUUUGCAUGCUGAAUAUACAAGAAAAUUGAAUUUGGUUGAAAAUGAGAGAUAAUUAUUAUUAGAUAAAUUAAAGGAAAUUAAUGAAAAAGAGAAAAUUUAUUAAUAAGAAAUCUCAAAUGUCUAAGAGUUUAAAUAAUUAUAUUAAUAAGAAUAAGAAUAAAUUCAAAAGUAGAAGAUUGAAUUAAAUUAACAAUUAACAAUGAACUAAUAAAAUAAAAUUUAAAUUGAAUAAGAAAAGACUUAAUUGAAUAUGAUGCAUAAAACAUUAUCUAAUUUAAGAUAAGAAAUUACUUAAAAUUCUCUAUAAGGUUUCUCUUAAACAACAGCAUAAAUUCCUAUACGACUAAAUUAAAAGACUAAAAUGGAAAAACCUAGAUCUGCAUAAAAGAUUCCUUUUAAUACAAAUACAAAUCCUUCUAUAAAUCAAACAUCUUCAAAUUUUGAUGUUGGCAGUUAUAUGAAAUAUCUUAAAAAUGUUGAUUAUUUACAUUGA